UAUUCGUUUGUGAUACUUGGUAUUACACUGUUUACAUUAGCUCAUUGAUAUUCAGUGUGGACUUUAACAUUCUCUGUCAAAGAUAAAUUUGAAGUAUAGACAUUAAAAAAGUUUACCAGGUUUAAACGAAACAUUAAAAUAUUAAGUUAUUGAUUAUACAUUUGGUCCAUUGAUCGGUACUCUACUGCAAAACCUGGAUUUUCAAAUCAUUUAGUCAACAUGCAUAACGCUUUAUGUAUCAUUGUAAUUUUCUGUAUUUUACCUUCUUUAAAUAGUGUUGAUAUCAAAAGCCAGUUUACGGAUAAAUUAAUAUUUAAAGUGCACGGAGAUGAUUUCAACAGGGUAUCUGAGGAGCUGUCUCAGUCCUAUGACUUUCUGUACAAGAUCGUUCCUGGCAUCUAUGUCUACGAACAGAAAGGUCUUGCUGGACAUGAGCUGACCAAAGCAGAGAUAGACAACCUCAGGCGAAAGUUUCAGGUUGAGGAUGUGGAACAAGUCCGCCGGAUGUCCUUGCAGCCAACAGCCGAAGCAAUAUGUCUAUCCGCCUUGCCGCCUUCUGACGAAGUCACUGAGUUCGGAAUGGGUAUCCAGCAGGCAAGAUCGAAAGGAUAUACAGGAGAAACUGUAACUGUGGGUGUCCUAGACGCUGGAGCAUGUACAGAUAAUCUCUUCUUGAAGGACAGAAUUAACAAGAAACUGUCCUGGAACUUUAUUGGCAAUUCACCAAAUGUUACUCCAGACUGGAAUCCUGACUAUGUGGAAACAUUUCCCUUUUCGGAUCACGGCACAAAUAUGUGCGGUAUGGUAUCAUCUUCAGGAGGAUGUGGCGGUGGGGUCGCUCAGGGCUCAAGACUUUCAGUGUUGAAAGUAGUUCGUGUGGACACAACGUGUUCCCAAAUGACAUGUAUGGACGAAGAUCACUACGCCCAGGGUCUAGCUUUCUGCCCCGAAGACAUCCAUAUCUACGCAAGUGGACUCAUCAUUUCUGACUCUCCUUUUACGGAUGUAAGCAUCGCCAUAAAAGCAACCAUAGAAAACGGAAUCCUUAAGGGCCGAAGAGGGAAAGGUUCCAUUUACGUGUACCCGGCGGGAAACGUUGGUAAUGGUUUGGUGAACAACCCAUACACCGUAUCGAUCAACGGUAUCGGUGUUAACGGUACCGUCCCUAGCUUUGCAACGCCAAGUGCUACCGUUCUCACUUCCGCUCUCGCUGAAGGCAGCACGCUCGAGUCUAAAUUGAUGUCGACGACGUCCUGCCGACGGUGGCGGAACUGUACUGCCUUCUGUGGGCUGUCCCCCGCCACUGCCAUUACCGCGGCAAUCACCACAUUCGCCCUUCAAAACAAUGCCGCGUUGACGUACAGAGACGUAUUCCAUAUCAUAGUUCAGGCCUCUGAACACGAGCAUUUAGGGUCCGAGUCGUCCAACUUCAAAACGAACGCUGCCGGCAAGCGCUUCCACAGCGUGUUCGGAUUCGGUCAGUUGAAUGCAGAGAAAGUCGGUAGUUUAGCCUUUAACUGGACUCUGGUAGAUCGCCUGGUUGCAAUCACUCAAACGCUAUCAGAUAGGCAUGCAGAAUGCAAGAACAACAAAUGUUCGAUCAAGGUACACGUUGCGUGUACAGAGACCUCCGCGUGUGUCCGUUUCUUGGAGCAAGUUCUCGUGACGGUGACAUUGACUACCACAUCUAUGGAGAACUGUAGGCUAUAUAUCGAAUCACCGGGCGGGACCAGGUCUGUUCUGUUUGACCGAGGCCAGUCGAACGAAGGGACUGUUAAUAAUUUUGAGUUACGUUCUGUCCACUUUUGGGACGAACCAUCUAUUGGGGAUUGGACCAUCAAUUUCGAGAUAGAGAGUCAAGUGGCAGAGACCCUUACGCUGAGUGUGAGCUCCAUGACUUGGUAUGGUACUGGUAAAAAGGCGCCGGUCCCAAAUCCUCCAGAGCCCAUCAAAAACCAAAAAGGAGAAUUCUCGUUCGGAGCAUUCGCAGCUAUUCUCUACCCUAUCAUAGUUUUCUGUGGAACAGCAUGUUUUCUUUAUUGUGGAAUAAAACGUGGCUGGUGAAAUAUCAAUGAUGCCGGGCAAUGGAUUUUAUGUUGAGCUAACCUUAUAUUUCUUUGCCAUAUACAGAUUGCUCUUCUCUGAAACGAUGUGUUUCAAAUAAUGUGUAACAAGUAUGGUUGUUGGUAUGCUUAGUUAAGCAGGUCAAUUAUUGUGGUUGCUUUGACCUUUCAGAAGCUUGUUUGCUGAUAACAUGUUUUAAGUCAUUGUGUUUUGUAUUUUAAUAUAUGUACAAUGUGUAAAGAACUAGGUCAUUGGGUAUUGUGUUUAUAUGUAAAAUGUGUAUUGAACUAGGUCAUUGUGUAUUGUAUUUAUAUGUACAAUGUGUAUAGAACUAGGGCGUUGUGUAUUGUAUUAAUAUUUACCAUGUGUAUAGAACUAGGUCGCUGUUUAUUGCAUUUAUAUGCUCAGCGUGUAAGAAAACUAGGCCCUCGUGUUCUAUUCUUUUACUUAUAUGUACAAGGCUGUAAAGAGCUAGGUCCUGGUGUAUUGUUAUGCCUUUUUCAAAGGGAGAAUAUUUAAAUAAAAUAUAUAUGUGCAAGGUGUAUGUAACUAGGUCCUCGUGUAUUGUAUAUUCUUUUGUAUAUGUACAAGGUGUAAAGAAUGAGACCCUCGUGUUUUGUUUAUAUGCGUACAAGAUGUAAAGAACUAGGUAAUUAAGUAUUGUAUAUAUAUAUAUCUACAAGGUGUAAAAAACUGGGUCAAUAUGUAUUGAUUAUAUAUAUAUAUAUAUAUAUAUAAACCAGGUGUAAAAUCACUAAG